AUACACACAGCCGAGCCGAGCAGAGCAGCGCUUUGGGUAUAGUAGAAGGUGCUGAAGAGUAAGAGUAAUCCGGGGCAGGCGCAGACACACUCCACACACCGAGCCGAGGCUUUUUGGCGGCGCGGGGUUUUCUUUUUGUGUGUGUGUGUGUGUGUGUGUGGCGAUCUUUUAAAACCAUGCUGGAUUGACCGCAGAGAAAGGAGCUGCAAUCAAUGGCGUGGCUUUGAAAUCGUUGAAAAUUUAUUGGGAAAGGAGUGUGAGACAGAGCGACAGCAGGGAGAGGGAGAGAGCGGCGAGAGAGAGGGGUGGAAAUAAAGAUCCUUUCAGCGAUGGAGCUUACAAUGGAGAACAUCGGAAAUCUGCACGGCGUGUCUCACUCUCAUCAGACAGGCGACUUAAUGAACGCCCCGCACGCGCGCCAGUCGUCGGCGUCGCAUCGGAACUUGGUGUCGCACGGGCGGUCAGCCAUGGUGUCCAGCAUGGCCUCCAUACUGGAGGGAGCCGGGGACUACCGCACGGACCACGCUCUGUCCGGGCCCCUGCACCCGGCCAUGACCAUGUCCUGCGACUCCGGGAUGAGCCUGAGCAGCACUUACACCACGCUGACGCCGCUGCAGCACCUGCCCCCUAUAUCCACUGUAUCGGAGAAAUUUCACCACCCUCACCCGCAUGCUCACCAUCACCCGGCGCACCAGCGGCUCGCGGCUGGGAACGUCAGCGGCAGCUUCACCCUGAUGAGGGACGACCGCAGUCUCGCCUCUAUGAGUAACCUCUACGGCCACUACCCCAAAGACAUGUCCGGUAUGGGACAGCCCCUGUCCCCGCUCUCCAACGGUCUCGGGUCCUUGCACGGCUCGCAGCAGACCCUGAGCGCCUACGGUCCUGGAGCUCACCUGUCUAAUGACAAGAUGCUUUCAUCGGGGGGGUUCGAGUCCCACGCAGCAAUGCUGUCCCGGGGCGAGGAUCACCUGGCCCGAGGUCUCGGGGGCCACGGGGCCGGGCUCAUGACAUCCUUGAACGGCAUCCAUCAUCACAGCCAUCCGCACUCUCAGGCAAACGGAUCCAUGUUGUCGGACCGGGACAGGCAGACGGUGGUGGGAGGAGGCCAGGGGGCCGGGUCGGGACAGGUGGAGGAGAUAAACACCAAGGAAGUGGCGCAGCGGAUAACGGCGGAGCUCAAGCGCUACAGCAUUCCGCAGGCCAUCUUCGCACAGAGGAUCUUGUGUCGGUCCCAGGGAACUCUGUCCGACCUGCUGCGGAACCCUAAACCGUGGAGUAAACUCAAAUCUGGCCGGGAGACGUUCAGGAGGAUGUGGAAGUGGCUGCAGGAGCCCGAGUUCCAGCGGAUGUCAGCGCUCAGGCUUGCAGCCUGCAAGCGCAAAGAACAGGAGCAACACAAGGACCGCAACACAGCGCCCAAGAAACAGCGUCUAGUCUUCACGGACCUGCAGCGUCGCACGCUCAUCGCCAUCUUCAAGGAGAACAAACGCCCGUCCAAGGAAAUGCAGAUCACCAUCUCCCAGCAGCUCGGCCUGGAGCUCAGCACCGUCAGCAACUUCUUCAUGAACGCACGCCGCCGCUGCGUGGACCGCUGGCACGACGACCACGGCGCCAGCCCCGGGCAGCCGGGGACCUCCACCACCUUCUCCAAGGCCUGAGAGGAGAAGGAGGAGGAAUAGGAGGCCUUCAAAGAGGGUUGGGGAACCAGGUUGAAGCAGCAGGCGUCACAAGGAGGUGGCUGUGAAACCUGUCUCUGAUGACCCAACCUGACCCUGGACUGCCUGGGAGAAGAAAAAAAAAAAAAAAAAAAAAAAAAAAACCCUUCGUGCCAUGCAAUCAUCAUUCUUGUCAGUCAAAAUCUCAAGCUCUCACCUGGAAGAAGCAGAAUCUUAAGAGGUGAGGUGUGAAGUCAGGUUCACUCUGCUCUACUCACACAAGGACAAUCAUUGAUUUAGUCUUUUUUUUUUUUCUCUUUUUUCUUUUGCUUUUGAGAAAUUUUUACAUCUGACAAAGCAAAGAGACACCAAAGAUUUGAUCAUUUUCUUGGACGGUUUCUACAUUUUGCCAGCCUCCUCCUUCAACUCACCUCCUUUGUGUCUGCCUCCUUUUUCACGCCCUCUCUGUGGAAGCAACAAGGGCGAAAGAACGGCAAUAAAUCUGACGAGACAACAGCACAUAGCCUUAUUAUCAGUGCCCCAUCCUGCACAUUCACACGCGGUGAGACGGAGAGAAGGCCGUCGUAAAGAAAGCAGUGCAGCCUGUGGGAAAAAAACAAAACAAAAUAAACAACAAGGCUUUCCAAUUCUCUGCCUCCACCUCCACCCUUUUUAUACCCCCCCGUAGUCUCCUUCAUUCCUCAGCCAAAGGUAUUCCCUGAUGGCCAGCCAUUUCAGAGAGCAGCUCAGGCUGAUCAUACAGCAAACUAAUGAAUUGAAAAAUGAAUCGAUGCAGACGGAGAAAGUGGCUCCUUGACCCCCACCUCCCCUUUCUGCCUCCUGAAGGUGAAACUCAAGACGCUCAGCAGGAGAUCCUCACCUCUUCCAGGCCCAGGUUAUAUUUUUGCACAGAUGUCAAAGGGCCUGCAGGGAGAGAUGUCAUUGUUACUCCGAGCCUGAGCGUAUAGAGUCUGAGUUACCCUGACCAAAAUGAGAGGCCGGCAAGAUGUCUGGACAUGCUCUUUGUUCUGCUGGGAGCGCGAAUCAAUAACUGGGAACCGAACGAUGACAACAACACGCUCGGGCAUCCAGCCAAACUACAUUACAGCUGCAUAUUAAAAGAAAAAAAAAGGAAGAAAAAAAAAAAGCAGAGGAGCACACAGAAGACGACACACAAAGGCCUCCAGAGCAGCAGGCAGCAAACCAACAGCACACCACUCCAUCCUAGUCCUGUCUGCACUGGCAGAACAACAGUGCCCCCUGCUGUUGACAGUAGAGACCCGUACUCAGCAGAGUGAAAAAUAAAAAAAAAAGGUUGUGGGGUGGGGGGCUAGGUGGGAGAAUACAGACCAGAGGAGAGGGAAGAAAAGGAAGAGCCACUAGAUGCUGAGGAGAAGUCACGGCACAACACAUUCAGGCCCUCGCAGCUCUUUGAAGGUGGAUCAAUAGCUAACCAUUAUCCUAUUGUUGUUCCUCAUCCAACCAGCACUGGUGGAGCUGGAGGAAGGGGGGAGGGAUGGUUGAGCCAAACGCUGGAAAAAUAAAAAAACAUGCAGGGAUUUAGCAAAGGCAGGGAAUUAGUGUAUGUAGGCAGGAAUUAAUAAAUGAGAAAAAAAACUACUACUGAAAAAGGAGGAGAGAGAAGUGCAUCAGGGGGAAACCGAAAGGCGAGACAGACUCAUUGGAGGUUAAAAUUUUGAUUCUUUUAGUUCGGAGGCUUUAUAUUUUGCAUUCAUUUUAUCUGUUUGCAAAAAAAAAAAAAAAAGAUCUCUGAAACUGAUAAUUUAAUGUAAACCUUAUGGUUAUGAAUCAGUAGCUAACCCAAAGCAAACCAACGCACUCACAAUGACAAAACAGUGCCAAUGCUUACUGCCUUAAUGUGAGAAUACGGUACUAAGGUCAACACACUACAGUGCACCUCACUGAUGAUGAAGGGCAGUGUGUGCCAUAGCAACAAACAAUCAGCUUUUAACUGAAUUGAGAUAAACUUUUUCUAGUAAAAACAAAUGGGGAAAAAAAUAAUCUGAUUGUACGGCAAAACCCAAACCUCAAAUCAAUAAAGCAGGAAAAAAAAAACGUCACCAACACAAAACUGGACAAAUUUCUCACUCAAUCUUUGGUUCUCUACCUCCUUUUUCGUCCCUCUAAUCUAAUCCCAUUGGCCCUCGCCCUUUCUCUCUUCCUCUCUAUAUUGAUGCGGGUAUUUAAUUAGUACCAUAGACACAAAGUUUCUAUUUCUUGUUACUAUUGUGCUCUGUUGUGCAUACGUAAGGCACCUUGUUGAUAAAUCAAAAAACAAAAAAAAAAACAAAAGAGGAAGGACUUUUUAAAAGGAGAAAAAGGGGGACACAAGGACUUGGUCUGCUGAAGGAUUUAUUUUUUUUGCAGACUUAAAGGAGACAUUUGCAGGAAGAAGAGGCAA